AUGUCGCGGCACACGAGCCCAGAAAAAACGACACCGCCGUUUUCUACUGGAGGAACACCGCAACCUCGAAGCCUCGACCCGAUACAGUCUUCCAACGAUGCCGAAUUUACUCUUGUUACUCGGUUGACCCAAGGACUAGAAGGCUGCGAUUGGGAUCAGCUCCAGGAGAGAUAUGUGGAUGCCAUGGAUGAACACAGCCGCGUGGAAGACGAUUUGCGUGCUGAAACUGCAAGGCUGCUCGAGGUCUUCACCGCUUGGUCUCAGACUACUGUUUUGCAAGAUGAAAAACGGGCCUUGAAAAGAUUUAAGACGCAGAUGCAGCAUGUGCAGAACUCUGAAGUGAGCUUAGAAAGCAAGAAGAAACAUUGUAUGACCCCCCUUCCCACGAAUACGGAUGUUGUAAAGGCAUUUCAGAGUGCCUUGGCCUUACUCAAUGAGCAGAUGAAGGUUUAA